AUCAUUCUGUGUUACUACUAGUCUCUCCAAUAUCAAUAUAUAAACAAAUAAAAACUAUACAUUAUAACAAACACAAAGCACGAUACCCCCAAAUCUCAAAAACUUCUCUGCUUCUUUUCGUUUCUCUUCUCUUCUACUUUUACUCCACGUUUGCAAAUCCUCUGCACCUAUACACACAUUUAUUUCGAUCUUUUAUUCUCUUGUUCCUUCCAAUAAACUCGUCGACUUUACCUUAUUAACACAUAUUAAACGAGACCAAAGCUCUCUGUGGAACUCAACUCAUUCUAGUACAUCAUCAUCAAUGGAGAAGGAAGACUUGUACGCUAUUAUGGAUUUGAACAACGAAUGUUCACAAGGAGAUCUCAAACUUUCUUACAAGAACCUUGCUCUGGUUUCUUACAAAUAUUUUCUCUUUUCUUUUUCUUUUUGAAAUGGCAUCCAGAUCGGUUCAGUGAAGAAAUUGAGAAAGACGAAGCCAAUACGAAAUUUCAGUCCAUUCAACGAGCCUAUUCUGUUUUGUCGGAUUCGAACAAGAGGAUGUUGUAUGACAUCGGAGCUUACGACAGUGAUGACGACGAAACUGGAAUGGCUGAUUUCAUAGAUGAAAUGGUGACUCUGAUGGCUCAAACUACAUCUACGGGAGAUGAAACAUUAGAAGAAUUUGAAAAGUUGUUUCAAGAACUGUUGAUGGAUGAUGUGAAUCAAUUCAAAACUCCUCCGUCAUCUUCAUUUCAAUAUGUACCAUUCAGUUGCAUGUCUGCUUCGGUGUAUGGAGAUGAUUCGUCGAAUGAUGAUAUACCGAACAAAGCUAAAGUUGACAGUUACUGCUGUAUAAGUUCUGGUGAGGUGAGUGGUCCAUCGACGAGUUCUCGGGUUGGCAAUAGAAGAUCUAAGAAGUAGCUAGAGUUUACAUAUUCCUUUUUCUCUUUUAGAUUGUCGCAUAAAUUUAUUUUUCAUCCAUUGCAGUACUGUAAAAUAUGCUACGUAAUUUUCUUUUUAUAUAUAUAUACAAUUUGUUUGAACUUGUA